AUGGCACCUUCUUAUCGUUCUGAGUUACUUUCACCAAUAGAGACAGAUUCCGCACCUUCAAAACAAACAUUAUAUGAAGAAUAUUUAAUACUGAAGGCUAAACAUCGAUAUAUUCAAAAAGAAAAUGAAUUAUUAGCUGAUGAAUACCAAUUAAUCAAAAAGAAAUUAAAAAGAUUAAAAAUAGAAAAGGCAAGUAUAUUAAUCGAAGACAAAAAAAAAAGGUUCAAAAUACUAAACAUGUUUGUUUUUAAUAGCUUUAAUCUCGUACUUGAAGGAGAUUUGGCGUUAAAAGAAGAAUUCUGGAAUCUACAUGAGUUCAAGCAAUCGGAAGGAUAUGACGGAUUUUAUUUUAACCCCUAUCAACAAGAAGCAAGCUCGGGGAAAGGAAUUGCCAUCGAGUUUGACAAUAUUAAAACGGAAUGCAUAAAAUUAAAUGGAGUUCAUGAUAGUUGGCAAGAGGCUACUCGAAUCUCACGAUCAUUGAUGAAAAAACCAGAAGACGAAAUUUUAAACCUCGAAAUUAAAAAUUCAUGGAUGUCUACCAAUAAUGUGGAUUUAUUAACCUGGUGGAAAAGUAAUUUUGGAGAAGAUAAGCAAGAAACGCAACGACUAUUUAGAGCCUUUAAUGAAACAAAAUGA